AUGGGCAGCAUUGAACCAGACUACACCUCCAAAAUCGCCACCCUCACCGAAAAAGUCGCCCAGCUGGAGCGCCGGCUGCAAGCACAAGAGGACGUCGAGGCGGUACGGCACCUGAUCGACCAUUACACGGCGCUGCAUGACCAGGCGUUCACAGACCCCGCGGCGCUGCAGCAGUGGGAGGACCUGUUCACCGAGGACGCGCACGUCAAGUACGCGUUCGGCGAGCACUUUGGCCGUAAGGGGCUGGGCGCCUGGGCCUGGGGCCCCGAGGUCGCCCAGUACGCCCAGUGCCAUCUGCAAUCAAGCAACUUCGACAUCCACUUCAGUCCGGACCGCCAGCUGGCCUUCGUCCGCAGCAACGGCAUCACCCAUUGGCUGUACGAGCGCGACCAGCUCGACAGGCACUUCGACGCCGGCGCCGUCUAUCGCUGGACCAUCCGCCGCGAACCGGACAGCACGUGGGCGAUUUGGAAGAUUGACCUGUACUGUGCCUGGAUGACCGGGCAGGAUCCGAACGGUGUCAGUGGUGGCGGGAAAACCAAGUGA